CAGAGUUUUUAAAAGCUGACCUGGAAGCCCAGGCUCCGAGUCCUCUCGAGAUCUUGGGUUGCUCUGGCUCCGGCCCCGGGGGACUGGUCGGCCGGGAUGCGGAGCGGGUUCCUGAGCGGUGCCCGGCGCCUGUGGGCCCUCCGCGCCUUCAGCCGCUCUGCGCCGCCGCCCGAGGAGCUCUUCGCCCGCGAAGGGCCUCUCCGGGCCUUCCUGGAGCGCCGUGUGGGCUCGGAGGCCGGGGCUCUGGCGGCCGGUGAGCCUCAGCUGGCGGCGGCGGCUCGGCUGCUCAGCGAGAAGGAGCGGGAGUUGCGGGACACCGAGUCCUUGCUGCACGAUGAGAAUGAAGAGUUAAAGAAACUUGCAGAGAGUGAGAUAGCUCUGUGUCAGAAAGAAAUAACUCAGCUGAAGCAUCAGAUCAUCUCACUUUUGGUUCCUCCAGAAGAAACAGAUGAGAGUGACCUGAUCCUGGAGGUGACUGCAGGUGUGGGUGGUCAGGAGGCCAUGCUUUUCACCUCUGAGAUGUUUGACAUGUACCAGCAGUAUGCUGCGUUUAAAAGAUGGCACUUUGAAACACUGGAAUAUUUCCCAAGUGAACUAGGCGGCCUUAGGCAUGCGUCAGCCAGCAUCGGAGGCCCAGAAGCCUACAAACACAUGAAGUUUGAAGGAGGGGUGCACAGAGUGCAGAGAGUGCCGAGGACAGAGAAGCAAGGCCGCAUCCACACCAGCACCAUGACCGUGGCGAUUCUGCCCCAGCCUACUGAGAUCAAACUGGUGAUUAAUCCUAAAGAUUUGAGAAUUGAUACUAAGAGAGCCAGUGGAGCUGGAGGGCAGCACGUGAACACCACGGACAGCGCUGUUCGAAUAGUCCAUCUUCCCACAGGUAUUGUUUCUGAAUGCCAGCAAGAGAGAUCUCAGCUGAAGAACAGGGAGCUGGCUAUGAAAAAGUUACGUGCAAGGCUAUACAGCCUGCAUCUAGAGGAGGAAACUGCAAAAAGAUAUAAUGCUAGAAAGAUCCAGGUUGGAACAAAAGGAAGAUCAGAGAAAAUAAGAACCUACAACUUUCCACAGAACAGGGUCACAGACCACAGAAUAAACAAAUCACUACAUGACCUUGAGAGCUUCAUGCAAGGAGACUGUCUUCUGGAUGGCAUGAUACAGUCACUGAAGGACUAUGCGGAUUAUGAAUCUCUAGUAGAAAUGAUUUCCAGAAAAGACUAAGCUAUUGUAUAAAGCUAUUUUUUUUAUAUAGACUAGGAAAAUCCUAGAGUGAAUCCUUGUGUGCAAGUACUUAACCGGUAUUCUUGAGGAAUGUAAGUUAACAGUUUCUCGGACUCUUCUCUAUAAAAUAGACACAAUACUAAGCAGAAAUAUCUAUGUUUUUAUGAUAUAAAGAGACAGAAUCUGUUAGUGAAAUUAACAAGCAAUAAAAGUCAGGUACACUGGGACUGGGAAGGAAUGGCCUACAUGAAGUUCCUAGAGUUCCAGAGUCAGGUCUCUUGCAGGGCAUGGUGUAGCCCACUCAGUGGUGCAAAAGUUCUGGACUGCCCUGCAGCUGGGAACGUGGGCCUUGCAAACAGAGUACCUCAAGCUCAUGGGGCCUGGUAAGCAGAAAGCCUCUUGUUAAAAUGUGAACAAAAUUUCCCGAAUAAUAAGCCUUGGUGGGCUUCUGUAUCAGUUCCCCAGAGAAACGGAACCGAGAGGAUGUAGGAUGCAUCCACAGAGAUGCUGUAAGGAUGCCCACAUAGAGCACUCUGUCCAAGAUCCACAGUAUGAAUCAGCUGGGAGGAGACCAGGAAGAGGUGAUGGUUCACUUCACUUCAGAGGGAGUUUGCUGGGGAAUGUUCUUUUGUUUGGAGGAGGCUGGGUUUUCUCUAUUCAGGCAUUCAGCCUGGCUGGGUAAACAUGCUACGUUGCCCAUAAGGGAGAUGUAGAUUAACUGACAUUUCACUGAUUUCAAUGUCAGCGCCAUCCAAAACUUGAGAAGAUCUAAAGUAAUCUGUUACCAAAUACACUGGUAACAGCAAGCCAGAUCUGUGAAAUAGACUAAUGGUUUCUUUCCAAGAGUACCCCUAGAGACUGUAUCAUGGAAGAGGAGAAAUGAAAUGUCCUGCCCUGCUUACAGUGUUUCUCCACCACCUGCUGCCGACAAGCUUCACAAACUAACCACAAAGAAAGGUGCAGGCUGCCGUAGUUUCAGUGUCUCCUUCAAAACCCAGGUGUUGCCAAUGUGAUAUUAAGUAUGGCAGCUUCAGAACUAAGGUUUUAAGAGUUCUUUCUGAAUGGGGCUAAAGUCUUAACUGUCAAACACCCAGAGCCACUGCCCAUUUUCAAUAAUGUUUUCAUAAAUUCAGUGUCUGAAAUAAUUGCAAACAAGACAUUUUCACUCUCACACAUAUCAACUGGCACUACUUAAUCAUAUAUCAAUCAUCACACAUAAAAAUUCAUGUUAAAUCUCAAAUACUUAAAACUAAUAGUUGAGAUUUCUCUGCUUUUUCCCCAGAUGUGUUGGAGCUAACUUUCUCAAACUAAGAUCUAACUAUGUGCAUAAUCCAGUGGGUUUACCCUUAAGAGACCCCUGAUCCUGAUUUUCAAGACAUUGCACUGGAUUUUUAUCUAUGAAGAUCAAACUAGAUAUUUUGGUACUGUGUGAGUUGUUUGGACAUUAACACUUAAGACUUGGCCAGUUUACCCAUACCUGUUUGGGUGGAAGUGUCACCCAGCCCCUGGCAUCCAUAUACCCAAAGAGUCUGGAAUGUUUGGGUGGAAGUUCCAUCCCAACCCUCCUCCCCUGCGAGUUGCCUCAGUCCAGAUUCUAAACCAAGCCAAACGAUGACCCCACCCCAGAGAUGUUCAAGGCCACUCCCACCCCAAGAACAAACUGGUCUUUUCCCAUUUUCUUUCUGGGGGCUGGAGAGCCAUCCAGGAGCGUUGGUUAUUCAUUAAAUCUGGGCUUUUUAUAAAUUGGUUUGAUUUG